UCCAGCCUUGCUCAUCCUUCUCCACAUUCGUCUGACAGAAUGAAUGCCCUUGAUGGUGUCCCUUUCAAGGUGCCCAAGGGCUUUGUGAUAGGCACAGAGUCCUUCUCUGGGCCAGAGCUCAGUGUCCCAGCCUGCAGGGAGCUUCUGCUGAGUUCUAUGCACGACUUCAGCCUGGAGAAGAGGACACUCUUCUGGGUGGAGGCAGCAGUCCCAGGAUCUUGCCUGUGCCAGUGCCGUGGCCCUGGUACAGCAUCAGCCCCUCCAGCCUGGCUCUUGCUGAUCAGCCCGGAACAUGAACUAGAGCCUGUGCCUGCCGCAGCCAAAGGCCAGGAGGCCGAACCCCAGGAGCAGCCUGAGAAAGAGGAUGAGGACAAGGAAGAAGCCUCCUCUGGCAGUGAAGAAGAGCCGGAUCCCUGCACCCCAGAGAUGGGCUCCCCGCCAAGCCCCAACUUGGGUCAGGUCUGGUGCUCGCUGCACUUGCUGCGGGAUGUGAGGUCGGAGCUGGCCGGGGCGCGGCAUCGGUUCUCUGAGGGCAGGCUGGCUGCUGCCCCCCGUAUCCUCCUGCAUCGCCUGCGCCAACGGGCCUUGAGCCUCUGCCGCAGCCCUGUGCCACCCCUGUGCCCCUCACCCCUGCACCCUGGCAUCCCUGCACCGCUCCCGCGGCCCUCCACCGCUGGCACCAUGCCCCUGCUGCAGAGCCACAAGCCCACCUUCACGUCCCUCAGCCAGGGCAUCUGCCUGCCACCUCCUGGGCGGCCACACCAGCUUCUUGAUGCCCACACAUCACACUCUGAUUCUGCUGACCUGCUCUCUGCUCUGAGCCGGGAGGAACAAGACCUCAUCAGACCAGUGGUUGCCUUGGGUUAUCCUGUGCGCAGGGCCAUUGUGGCUCUGCAGAAGACAGGGUGGAAGAGCCUCAGCCAGUUUCUCAACUAUCUUAGCGCCUGUGACCGGCUGCUGCAGCAGGGCUAUGAAGAGGGCCUGGUGGAGGAGGCCAUGGAGAUGUUCCAGUUCUCUGAGCACCAGGCAGGGGAGUUCCUGCGCCUCUGGGAGCAGUUCAGUGACAUGGGUUUCCAGCAGGACCGCAUCAAGGAGGUGCUACUGGUCCAUGGCAACUGCCAUGAGCAAGCCCUGGAGGAGCUAGUGGCCUGUGCUCAGUGACCACUGGAGUGUCAUCAUGCCCAUCACCCUAGACGUGUGCCAGACCUGGCAAUCCAUUAACUGUAUUAUUAAGACCACAUAAGAAUAACAAAGUGAUGCAUGAUCUUUAUAAAAAUACAAACAAUGCAAGGGGUGGGAGUAAAUACUGCUGGGUUGUGUGUGUGUGUGUGUGUGUGUGUGUGUGUGUGUGUGUGUGUAUAGAACUCUACCAUCUUGUUUUCAGCAGGAACUCUUUAACAAGAAGACAGAUUAAUAUGAGAAAAAAAUUAUUAUCAUAUAGCACACAUCACAGAAAUCUCAAAGAAAAGUAACUCCAAGGAGUGGUUAGAAUUUCUUUAAGUUAUAACAACAAACUCAUAAUAAAUUUGUAGAUAAAUCACGGGACAGAGGAAAAUGACUUCAGACUUCCAAAGGGGCAAACCGGGAAGGCAUAGAAACAUAUGGAGAGAACUAAUGGAGUAAGGUUUUUUGAGGAUUCCUCUGGCAUGUCUGGUUGGACUCUUCCUCCAGAAAAGAAUUCAUAUCCUGCCUUUGGGCAGAAAAGGGUAGAGGGAACAAAAGGUUUUUAAGAAGGUAGAAAGAACGUUUUCUGUACUUGUCACUUUUUAAUUGGCUUCAGCUCAAAAUAAUUUUUAUAUCAAAUAGACAUGUUUUAGGGUGAGUUUGUUUCCUUUGAUACAAAAGAAUCAGCUAAAAUUGUUGCAAGUGGUUGCUUGUGGGGAGAGAGAGAAGGGUGAGUGAAGUGUCUUCCAAAAAGUGGCUCUUUAAACUGUAUACAUGAGUAACUUUAGGAAAAUUAAAACAAAUAAAUGAUAGGUAGUUCUUUGGGUUCCUGAAGGCUCCUGUCUUGGUGUGGAAAGAAUGUCUAACUGAGGGUCAGAAGUUCUAAUUUCUGAUUUUGGUUCUGCUGUUGACUGGCUCAUGGCCUCUAUGAGCCUCAGCUUCCCCAAAUGGAGGGACUGACCAGGUCAAAAGUUUCCAGACCUGGCAGCUAUCCAUCAGAAUCCCCCAAGGAGUUUGUUAGAGUCCAAGUCCCCACCCCAGGAUAAUGUGAUUCAGAGAGCCCAGUUGGGCAGCCCCCAGGAAUUUGUUUGUUUUUAUAAGCAGCUGCCUGGUGAUUCUUUGAUGUAACAUGUCCAUGGCCAGUGUGUGUGGUCCUUAAGCCAGCCUCAGGGUCCCUGCUGAUCUGUAGUCCUAUGUCAGUCUUUCCUAAUUGGGAGAGUGGGCAUCUUGGUUGAAGCCAGAGUUGUUUCCCAUUACCCUAAGCCUAUCCAUAGGAAUUGAGGGGACCGGUUGCCAGAGUUGCCUGUGACUCAUGCAAACAGAGGUCAGAGGCCAAGGAGCUGGUGCCUCACCCUUCCCAGAUGGCCCAGUGCAAAGACCAGUAGCAGCUGCCACAGAAUCAAAACCUCUUCCCAUCUCCACACAGUAAAUGGGGUUGGACCUGGAGCUAAGACCUAUAAAAAAAAAACAAAAACAAACAAAAAAAAAAACCAAUAACUUCCACAUCUCUCAGGCCUUAUUGUUUGAACAUGUGGUAAGGACUUCUGCAGGCCUGCAUGGGACUAAACAGUAAGUUUGGGACUAGAAUACAGGUCUCUGGAGCCCCAACCAGCCUCUGGGUGCUUUUCACUGAGCCUGAUGCCUGCCAACUUGAAAUCACAUUAAAAAUAUUCUUUGGGCUUAAAACUUGCUUUAAAUAACUUGCAGGCAAAUUAAUUUGAGAAAAUUGUCAAGAUGGCAUAAAGUUGGUCAAAAAUAAAACUAUACUUGGAAAAGACAGAAAAAUUCAAGUUCAGUGUAUAAAGUGCAACCUUAGAGCCAAAGCUAUUUAUGUUCUGCUUAAGAUAAUUUGUUUUCUGGCCUGUCACUUUACUAAGUCUUCAGAUUAGAGGCGACUAGUUAGCAGGCUCCUUACCUGUAUCAUAGACCCUUUCCUGCUCCAAAAAAGGAUGCCACUCCUCUCAGCUUUCUCCCACCUAUCCCAAACUUGUAUUGCUUGAUUAAAAAUGAGACAUCAAUGGACGUGUUGUUGCUUUAAAAUACCUUUGGGAGGUACUGUGAUACUGUAUGGGCAUGAACUUUGAUGUGAGAUCUGGAUUAAAAUUAU